AUGUCGUUGCUCAUGGAAAGCCUGGCCAAGGCCUCACAGGGAAGCGGUGCUCGGGGCCAUGCCCGCGUUCGAAAACGACGACCGCUGGGGCUCGCGCGCGGGCUAUACAACGACCCGGUGGAUGAGGCUCGCCAGAUCGCUGACUCCUACGGGGCCGACAUCGAGGACCUGGACUCGCGUGCUCUCGCGGUCGCUUUCACUUUGGCAGAUGACGUAUCGGAGAAGGCGCUGCUAGUAGAAAGCCUCGCCACGGUCGCGCACGAAGCUGUGCUCUGGGCCACGCCGGCAUACGGACACCGAAGACCGCUGGGGCUCGCACGCGGGGUACGACAUGAUCCGGGGUGCAUGCCUCCCGUUAAGAGGCUUCCGACGUUAUCGCAUCAUGUCGCUUGA